CGCGCCGCGGUGUUCCGCUCCUCCUCCUCGCGGCCCCACAUUGUUCUCUCAGGACGCCGGGGUCCCCGGGCCGCCUUCUCCGCGGCCCCACUGCGGGACUGGAUUAGCUCGUCCCCGCAGGGAGGUGCGGGAGCGCGCGGCAGCCCCGCAGUAUGAGGUGGUGCCGGCGGCUCGGGGCCGUGGCGCGGCCGCUGCGGCGCCGGCUGCUGGGCGGGCGCUGAGGGAGCCCCGGGGGCGGCGCGGCCGGGCCUCCAGGCUUUUCUUCUGCAGCCGGGAGGACGCGGCUGGGGCACGAAGACCUUGUGUGGACAGUAAUGACCUCACGUUUCCGAUUGCCUGCUGGCAGAACCUACAAUGUACGAGCAUCAGAGUUGGCCCGAGAUAGACUGCAUACAGAGGUGGUUUGCAACAUCCUUCUUCUGGAUAACACUGUACAGGCUUUCAAAGUUAAUAAACAUGAUCAGGGGCAGGUUCUGUUGGAGAUGGUCUUCAGGCACCUUGAUUUGACUGAGCGUGACUAUUUUGGUUUACAGCUGGCUGACGAUUGCACAGAUAACCCAAGGUGGCUGGAUCCAAACAAACCAAUAAGGAAGCAGCUAAAGAGAGGAUCUCCUUACAGUUUGAACUUUAGAGUCAAAUUUUUUGUAAGUGACCCCAACAAGUUACAAGAAGAAUAUACAAGGUACCAGUAUUUCUUGCAAAUCAAACAAGACAUACUUACUGGAAGAUUGCCCUGUCCUUAUAACACUGCUGCUCUUUUGGCUUCAUUUGCUGUUCAGUCUGAACUUGGAGACUACAAUCAAUCAGAAAACUUGCCAGGCUACCUCUCAGAUUAUUCUUUCAUUCCUAAUCAACCUCAAGAUUUUGAAAAAGAAAUUGCAAAACUACAUCAGCAACAUACAGGCUUAUCUCCUGCAGAAGCAGAAUUUAAUUACCUGAACACAGCACGUACCUUAGAACUCUAUGGAGUUGAAUUCCACUAUGCAAGGGAUCAGAGUAACAAUGAAAUUAUGAUUGGAGUGAUGUCAGGAGGAAUUCUGAUUUAUAAGAACAAAGUACGAAUGAAUACCUUUCCAUGGUUGAAGAUUGUAAAAAUUUCUUUUAAGUGCAAACAGUUUUUUAUUCAACUGAGAAAAGAAUUGCAUGAAUCUAGAGAAGCAUUAUUAGGAUUUAACAUGGUGAAUUACAGAGCAUGUAAAAACUUGUGGAAAGCAUGUGUAGAACAUCACACAUUCUUCCGUUUGGACAGACCACUUCCACCUCAAAAGAAUUUUUUUGCACAUUAUUUUACAUUAGGUUCAAAAUUCCGGUAUUGUGGGAGAACUGAAGUCCAGUCAGUUCAAUAUGGCAAAGAAAAGGCAAAUAAAGACAGGGUGUUUGCAAGAUCCCCAAGUAAGCCCUUGGCACGGAAAUUAAUGGAUUGGGAAGUAGUAAGCAGGAAUUCACUAUCUGAUGACAGGUUGGAAACACAAAGCCUUCCAUCGCGAUCCCCACCUGGCACUCCAAAUCAUCGAAAUUCUGCAUUCACCCAAGAGGGAACCAGGUUACGGCCGUCUUCAGUGGGCCAUUUGGUCGGCCACGUGGUUCACACCUGCCCCGGCGAGGCGUUCGUGAGGCAUCGGUCUCCAUCUUCCACGCAAGCUAACAGCAUUGUUUUGGAAUCAUCUCCAUCACAAGAGACCCCUGGAGAUGGGCAGCCUCCAGCUUUACCACCCAAACAAUCAAAGAAAAACAGUUGGAACCAAAUUCAUUUUUCACAUUCUCAACAAGAUCUGGAAAACCAUAUUAAUGAAACAUUUGAUGUUCCAUCUUCCCCUGAAAAAGCUACUCCUAAUGGUGGUAUUCCACAUGAUAAUCUUGUCCUAAUCAGAAUGAAACCUGAUGAAAAUGGAAGGUUUGGAUUCAAUGUAAAGGGAGGAUGUGACCAGAAGAUGCCUGUGAUCGUGUCCCGAGUUGCGCCAGGAACACCUGCCGACCUGUGUGUCCCCCGACUGAACGAAGGGGACCAAGUGGUGCUGAUCAACGGUCGGGACGUUGCGGGGCACACCCACGACCAGGUGGUCCUGCUCAUCAGAGCGAGCUGCGAGACGCAUCCUGGGGAGCUCGUCCUUCUAGUUCGACCCAAUGCUGUGUAUGAUGUAGUGGAAGAAAAGCUAGAGAAUGAGCCGGACUUCCAGUACAUUCCUGAGAAAGCCCCGCUAGAUAGCAUCCAUCAGGAUGGCCAUUCCCUGCGAGAGUCGAUGGUCCAGCUGGCUGCGGGGCUCAUCACUGGGACAGUGCUGACACAGUUUGAUCAACUAUAUCGGAAAAAACCUGGAAUGACAAUGUCUUGUGCCAAAUUACCUCAGAACAUUUCCAAAAAUAGAUACAGAGAUAUUUCGCCUUAUGAUGCUACACGGGUCAUUUUAAAGGGUAAAGAAGACUAUAUCAAUGCAAAUUAUAUAAAUAUGGAAAUUCCUUCCUCUAGAAUAAUAAAUCAGUACAUCGCUUGCCAAGGGCCGUUGCCACACACCUGUACAGACUUCUGGCAGAUGGCAUGGGAACAAGGCUGCUCCACGGUUGUGAUGCUGACCACACAGGCCGAGCAUGGCAGAGUUAAGUGUCACCAGUAUUGGCCGGAACCCACAGGAAGUUCAUCCUAUGGGUGCUACCAAGUCACCUGCCACUCAGAAGAAGGAAACACUGCAUAUGUCUUCAGGAAGAUGACACUGUUUAACCAGGAGAAAAAUGAGAGUCGUCAGCUCACUCAGAUCCAGUAUAUAGCCUGGCCUGACCAUGGGGUCCCUGACGAUUCAAGCGACUUUCUGGAUUUUGUUUGCCAUGUACGAAAUAAGAGGGCCGGCAAGGAAGAACCUAUUGUUGUUCAUUGCAGUGCUGGGAUUGGAAGAACUGGGGUUCUUAUUACCAUGGAAACAGCCAUGUGUCUCAUUGAAUGCAAUCAGCCAGUUUAUCCACUAGAUAUUGUGAGAACAAUGAGAGACCAACGAGCCAUGAUGAUCCAAACUCCUAGUCAAUACAGAUUUGUAUGUGAAGCUAUUUUGAAAGUUUAUGAAGAAGGAUUUGUUAAACCUUUAACGACAUCAUCAAAUAAAUAAGAAAGCAAAGGUCUGGGAUAUGUGUUGGAAAACUGCUUUCCAUUAUAUUCACUGUGCCAUAAUACUGCUUGCAGGAAAUGGCAUCUAAACAGACAAAAAAAAAAAAAAAAAUGAAGAACUAACAAAAACUGAAAACUUCAGCACUGUUGCACUUUAUGUUUCAAAAAAGAGUCACUCUCUCAAAAUCUGUCAUUCAUGUGUUUGAAGACUCUUUCAUGCUUUGCUCCAAACAAAUAGUGAAUAACUGAGUAUGUUCAGGGUAAUUUACGAAAUCUUGUGGUGGUGCCAUGCAGUCCCCUUCUGGUAGAAUUGCCACAAACAAGGCUCA